UCGCCUUGCGUAAGAGUUCUUACAACCUUGCGGCAGAAGUGGUGCUAUUCGGGAGAGAGGGUUUAGGAUAGGCUGAUUUAGGCUUUAAGUGGUACUAAAUUCCAAAUUAUGUUUAAUUCUUUGCUAGAGGCCGCGAAGGGAAAUCCUUUUGGUUUUCCAUUAGGAACUGCGUCAUGCGAUGGUAGUAUUGGCGUAAAACAUGGAAGGGAGAUUGCUGCGGCUUCUACAGAUGCCCCUGUUGGAGACUCCUGUGAAUUUGGUUCUCCAAAAUAUUUUGCGUUGUGUGGGCUUGGUGGUAUUUUGUCCUGUGGAAUCACACACACAAUGGUUGUUCCACUUGAUCUGGUUAAAUGUCGUAUUCAGGUUGACCCCGCAAAAUAUAAAUCAAUAAUAAACGGUUUCAAGGUGACAUUGAAAGAGGAUGGAACACGUGGUUUGGCCAAAGGAUGGGCACCCACAUUUAUUGGAUACUCGAUGCAAGGUCUUUGUAAAUUUGGCUUCUAUGAGGUUUUCAAAGUUUUGUAUUCAGACAUGUUGGGAGAAGAAAAUACAUAUUUGUGGCGCACAUCACUUUACCUUGCUGCGUCAGCUUCUGCAGAGUUUUUUGCUGACAUUGCUCUCAGUCCAAUGGAGGCCGUGAAGGUUAGGAUUCAAACGCAACCAGGAUUCGUAUCAACUUUAAGACAAGCUGUACCAAUUAUGUACCGAGAAGAAGGAUUAAAUAGCUUCUACAAAAGUCUUGUUCCCCUUUGGAUGAGGCAGAUUCCUUACACUAUGAUGAAGUUUGCCUGUUUUGAAAGAACAAUUGAAGCUUUGUACAAAUUUGUAGUACCAAAGCCAAGAUCAGAGUGUACGAAAGGAGAGCAGUUAGUUGUAACAUUUGCUGCAGGAUACAUAGCUGGAGUUUUCUGUGCAAUAGUAUCCCAUCCAGCUGACACUGUAGUUUCGAAGCUUAAUCAAGAAAAGGGAUCCACUGCCAUUGAAGCAGCCAAGAAACUAGGCUUUGCUGGUUUGUGGAAAGGCUUGACACCAAGGAUAAUAAUGAUUGGUACCCUAACUGCUGCUCAGUGGUUUAUUUAUGACGCUGUGAAAGUAUACCUCCGUCUUCCAAGGCCACCUCCUCCAGAGAUGCCAGAGUCGCUGAAGAAGAAGUUGGCAGCCCAGGAAGUGAAAUCUGAAUAGUCUUUGAUGACCACUUCAGAGAGAAUAGAAUUUGCAGAAUGUAUUUAGUUUACGUGUAUACAGUGCAAACCAGACGUCAGUAGGUUAUUAAUUGAACAAAAUUCUUGUGUAGGAAAUAAAUUCAGUAUUAGUUACUUUGUAAAACAAUUUAAUGCAAUUAUUUAUAGUGAAAUGAGCGCUGCAGAUUUUUAAGGCUUGUACAUUCCAUUUUGGUCCGUUCAGAGAUUUUAUGCAUUUUGGUAUUGUUGUGCACUGUAGAAAGUGUUAAACUUUUAAAAAGUAGGAGAUUUCUUUAAGAAUACUGUGAUCAUGUAUUGAUACUGAUCUGUUACAUUGUUUUACAUUAUGGCAAUAAAUUCGUGGAACUGUCA